AUGUACUUCGACAAUAAGCAACAGAAAGCAAUAAACGGAGUGCAUGUGUAUCUGCACAAUGUGGAUAUGUCAGACUAUCGACUUCCUUUUCUUGUCGGAUGCUUGAAUUGGUUAAUUCUCUGCACCAGUUCGACAAUCAUCGAUCAGAACACAACAGAGAUCGAUAUUGCGCCCAGAAUCUUGUCGCGACCUAAGAGGUACUUGAUUUUUCCGCAGGGUAGUAAUUUUCAGUUAGUGUAUUGUCUGACUAUCGGAGCGUACGGCCGAGACGGUGAUUUGGUGGUGGGACUGACAGCUGCCUUAGCCUGGGAACUUCCGAAUAAGGUCGACUCAAAGAUAUCGAAUUUGCUUCACCGUAGAAGCCGUAGCGUCGUAUAUCCGAAAAUGGAGGCUUUUCUGCAAUCCAUUGGCCUCGACGGUAGAUCCUGCGUGAUGAGAGCACUCUGCGAAGCGGGCCAACGCGAUCCCUCUCAAGUAGGUACAGGCUCCUUCAUUCAAGAACUUCUUCAUGCAAUUUUCACAUUACCUAUGGACGGCGGCAGAUUCGAGCGAUCGCAAGACCACGCUUACGAUCACGCAUACGAAACGAACGGAAACUGCGAGAUGCUGUAUCCCGCGUGUCAAUACUCCAUUUAUGACAUGGACUUUUAACCGAUUUCGUUCCGGAAACCAUGUCACAAACUGCGGUCGACAUGACGAUCACACGUCUGAUGGUGACCGACUUGUCGCUGGGACCUUGGCGAAGUUUUUCUGGUGGCUGAACGAUUUUUCCGGCCUGGCAUCUGCCCUGGCUUCGUGUAUGCUAUUCCGCGACGAAUAUCGGUCUUCGAUUACUGAUAAAACGCGUCGACCUAUCGCACGGUUGUUUUUAUUGUCAAACUUCAAACUUUUCGAAUGCCGCCGAGACUGAAGAUUAGUUUGUCGUUUGUUUUUCUUUAUUCACAGCGUGUCAUUUCCGAGAGAGAAGA